AUGGACGAAAAGCCGGCAAAACAACUAACUCGAGAAAUAAUGGUUCAGUUUGCUAAAUAUGGGCCCAAUGCUGAACGGAUUCAUAGAGGUAGGAUUGAGGAACCUGUUUCCAGGUUGAGGUCCAGAGGAAAGUCAAGAAGCCGCAGUCCUCGCCCGAGGGACAGGGACAGGGAUAGGGACAGGGCUCGCAGUAGGAGAAGCGACAGUAGAAGUAGAGAUAAAAGCGAGCGUGACUAUCCUCGUGACAGGCACAGGGAUAAGCGAUAUCGGAGCAGGAGUAGGUCUCGAAGCCGGAGCCUUAGUGGAAGUCCUGGUUAUCGUAGAGAACGUGGAAGAGGCAAAUAUGAUAAUGAUGAUGACGAGAGACGUAGACGAAGUCCGUCUUAUAGAAGUGCUUCUCCUAUUCGGCGAAGUCCCAGUCCUCGUAGGAGCCCAUCUCCAAACAAAACACCUCCUUCUAGGGAUGGAAGUCCUACCAUGGAUAAUUACAAAAAAGGACCAAGCGCAUCUAUAAGCCCCCCUCCACGCAGUCGACCUGAUUCUCCGAGUCCCCCUCCACGUGGUCGUCGUGUUUCUCGGAGCCCCUCUCCACAUUCUGAGGCUGAUGAAUGAAGCAGCGAACUUCUUCUUGUGGUAUCGUUUUCUUGCUGCUGGCAUUGCGUAACUUGAUCUAUCUUGUAAUUAUCUAUCUGUGGCGGUAGUGGACUUAUCCUUCUGUUUUAUGUUAGAUUCUGCGCCUGCUUAAAAUAGUAAUGUACCAAUCUAAACUCAUACCUUUCUGAGGUGGUUUAAUUUAUGUUUUCAGUAGUUUUAUCA